AUGGAGGGCAGCCCAUUGAAGCAGAAUCCCAGCCCCCAACAACAGCCCAAACCCAGGGGCCACUCCAAUCUGACUCUGGGCCACUCCUGCAGCACAGAGGACCUGUCUGAGGGCCUCCCCAGGGCCAACUUAAGGAAGGGUUUCUCCCUGCGUAACAUCAGCCUGUGUAUGAUGGACGGGGUCCGGGAAAUGCUCCAGAGGAGCUGGGGGGCCUCCCCAGAACCCCACUGCAGGCUCAAAGGGGACCACUGGAGCCCCCAUCUGCUGUGCCUGCCCCGACGGCCCCGCUCUGCCACCCUCAGGGCCCCGCCAGCCGAGGUGCAGAGGGAAGGGGCCCUGCGCUAUAUGGUGGAGGCGACUCGCAUAGCAUGGGCUGCAGCACUUAGUGGCAGAAGUGUCGUCUGCUGCUCAGGAGGUGGAGGGGCCGCUACUGAGGGGGAGAGGGGCUUCCUCCUGGAGUUCUAUGUGCCACCCAAGGUGGGUCUCGUGGUCACUUCCUGUGUUUUACAUGGAUUUGUUCCUCUGACAGCUGCUGUGGAGGUGCGGACCACCAUGCCCCUGGAAAUGCCAGACACGGACAACACCUUUGUCCUCAAGGUGGAGAAUGGAGGAGAAUACAUUCUGGAGACUUUAGACUCCCUUCAGAAACACUCCUGGGUGGCUGACAUUCAGGACUGCAUAGACCCGGGGGACAGUGGAGAUGACAUUGAGCUGACGUCUUGUCCUCGCGGCCAGUUCCCCUCGGUGUCCACCUGUAGCUGUGAGCUCACAUCUAACAUACACAAGACCCCUAAGCACCGUGCUGGCCCCUCAGGGCCCCACUGUCAGACCAUGUUGGCCUUUCCUUUGCACCCCACCCACAUCCCUCUAGAACGCUUCCUCCAGUCACUGGAGUCCAACAGGCCUGGAGCAGGUAAUGGCCAGCUCUCUGUAUGUGGAAGGAUGGUGAAUCGCCCCACUCUUGAGACGGACACCUCUCUGACCUGCUAUCAAUGGUUCCACGGUACACUGUCUCAAGUGCAAGCUGCGCAGCUGGUGUUGGUGGGCGGAGCCCGGAGCCACGGGCUCUUUGUGAUUCGCCAGAGCGAAGCGCGGCUGGGAGAAUACGUCCUUACAUUCAACUUCCAGGGCAAAGCCAAGCACCUGCGUCUGUCUGUGGACUCUCAGGGCCAGUGCCAUGUGCACCACCUUUGGUUCCAGAGUGUGGGGGACAUGCUGCAGCACUUCCACUGCCAUCCCAUCCCCCUGGAGUCCCGCUGGGCUGCAGACAUCAUGCUGCGGUGCUACGUCCAGAGACACAGCAGCCACCCAGAGCUCAGAGCGUCUCGGAUGUCCACCCAUACCAGAGAGCCUGGCUGUCAGAACUGCCUCCACCAAUCGGCACACUUAUUUCCCCGAGCUUUGCAGGUGGAUGGCGCAUCUGUGGACUCGCUCCCCUGCUCUGCCCCGCAUCCCGCCUCCCUUCCCCAGACUUGA